AUGCAUUUUAAAUGUGUGUAUUUACAAUACGCGAUAAUCCAAUACCCAAAGACGUGAUUUGACAGGUAUUAAGUCUACCCGACACGUGUUUAUGUAUUUUAUCUAUAACUACGUAUAAAUAUUAUACAGGAAGGAUUUGGUGAUUUAUUUAUCCACAGACUUUUAACAUGUACAAGAAUGGACGUGGGGACAACAACCGACCUCGUCGUCGAGGUAUGGCUCGCCGGAAGCAAUUUAUAGGCGUUCUAGCUGCUGUGCUGGUAAUCUACAUCGUCUACAGGUCCUUCAAGCCAGACGGCGACAAUACGAAGUACGAAUCUUUUAAUAGUAACAGGUUAUCACAGAAAAUGCUUGUUCAGGGUGAAAUAAGGCAGCAAACAUCAAAACUUGAAAGACCGUUUAACCUUCGUCCUGACUUAAACCGCAAUGAAGAAGAAAAGGGGAUUAUUAUUGACAACGAGGACACUGAAAUAAAUGGUAAGAUUAGUGAUAACAAUGGAGGAAAAUCUGGUGAAGAGGACUUAAACAAUCCCUUAUUAGACAGAUAUCAUAUUGCGAAAAGUUCUCUGAACGAAAUAGAUCAAAACAUGACACAAGAUAAUACUAUAAACUUGAUGUCCAACAAGUCACUUACGACAGAAUCUAUACAGCGUAUGGACCCGUUUCUAUCCAAAAAUAGAGAAAACAUAACUGCCAACUCGACAGAGACGAAUACAACGCUAAAUUUCAAAUCUUCACAGCGUAUGAACCCAUUUGUACCCCAUAAUGUAGGAAGUAUGUCUUCAAAUACAACUUAUCCAAACACAUCUAAGAUCGGUGGUGAUGUAUCUAAUGGCUUGGUAAGUAGUAAUAUUGAAGAAUAUAAGAUUAAACUUACGGAAGACUUCGCCACACAAACUAAACAACUUGAAGAAUUGAUGAAAGAUACUCUAGCUAAAGCCGGAACAAAGUUCUUAGAUACCAGUCAACAAAAUGAAGCAAGUCUGGGUGGAAACAUGACAAAAUUUGUCGAAUCUUUUUCGGCAAAAACGCAGAAUGUUUUAAACCUUGCUAAGGAUUUAUUAAGAGACAGAAACGCUAGUAUAGCAAAUCAAGAGAAAACAGUGCUAAAUAAUACAAAACUAGAACAAUUGUUUACCAUAGAAUCUCAAGAUCUCGUAAAAAUUGCAAGUGACCUGUUUUUGAAAGCGGAUAAAACAGGUUUAGAAAUCAAAGACGAAACAAAGGCGAAAUUGUUAGACAAGUAUGCAUUUCAUGCACAGAAACUAAGAAAAUUUGCGUCAAGCUUGCUUUCAAACACAACUGUAAAAGCAGCAGAAAAACAAGUAAAUAACAUUAACAUACCAGGGGACAGUGACUUACCACAGAACAGUAACUUACCACAGAACAAUAACUUACCACAGAACAGUGACUUACCACAGAACAGUAACUUACCACAGAACAGUAACUUACCACAGAACAGUAACUUACCACAAAACAGUAACUUACCACAGAACAAUGACUUACCACAGAACAGUAACUUACCACAGAACAGUAACUUACCACAGAACAGUAACUUACCACAAAACAGUAACUUACCACAGAACAAUGACUUACCACAGAACAGUAACUUACCAAAGAACAGUUACUUACCACAAAACAGUAACUUACCACAGAACAAUGACUUACCACAGAACAGUAACUUACCACAGAACAGUAACUUACCACAAAACAGUAAACUUACCACAGAACAGUAACUUACCACAGAACAGUAACUUACCACAGAACAGUAACUUACAACAAAA